AUGGCGAGUUAUCAGACGUCUGCCUGUGUUACGUUGCUGAGGCCUACUUGUCCCGGUGAGCGAGGAGUGCUUAGUUGCAGUGUUGUGUUUGUGAGCGUUGGCUGUGUCAAUGUGUUUUGCAGUGUGUGUGGUCAUGUAUCAGGUAUUGUAGACGCAGUGCAUCUGCGUAGUGGAUCCAUUCAAGCACAUAGUGCAUCUCGAAGCCGAAGCAUAACACCAGUCGCUUCUGGUAAGAGUAAUGGCCAUGCACGAUCUCCUUCAGGUUCUCCACUGCGUUCAUUGUCUCACCAUUCACUAUCUCAUUCUCCAGUCCGUGAACAUUCGGCUGCAUCACGAUCAUCCGCUGGGCGUGAAGUUUCGACGUCACCCACACGUGCACGCUCAAAAUCACGCGAGGAACGCCGAGUUCGACGAUCACGCUCACCCGAGGAAAGAAAACGGUACCGAUCUCGGAGCCGUGAUUCGAGAUACCGUCGACGAAGUCGUUCGCCAUCGUCACCAGUUCGUCGUCGUUCUCGUUCACGUCGACGUACACGUUCGCGUUCACCAAGACGAAUCAGUCGUUAUUCACCAAUUAGAAGAAGUCGGUAUAAUGAUGGUCGUGACAAUCCUGAGCCUUGUUCGUGUCUUGGCGUUUUUGGCAUGUCACUGAACACUACUGAACGUGAUCUGAAACGAAUUUUCGGCGAAUAUGGCGAGAUUGAGUCAGUUCAGCUUGUAUACGAUCGCUAUAGUGGGCGUUCUCGUGGAUUUGGUUUCGUCUAUUUCGAAACUACGAAAGAAGCAAUAAGAGCGAAGGAUCAUCUGCGCGAUGCAGUAAUUGAUGGGAUGCGUGUUCGCGUUGAUUUUUCUGUCACGAAAGGGGCACCGCGUUAUUAUAGAGGACGCUCACCGCAUCGUUCUCGAAGUCGCAGUGUAGAUAGCUAUCGAAGACGUCGUUCGCGUUCCUAA